CACACACACACACACACACACACACUGUACAGUAGAGAGCGAUGGGACUGCUGCUCUGCGCGCGCAUUGUGUCGCGGUGAUCUGUAUGAAUGACAGUUCCACCAACACAUCACAAUCAUGACAUGUGAAGGACUUGUCUUUUUAUGCUGGCUGGUGAUUCUUCAAAUGGUGCAUGUGACUGAAGGAAGCGCUAAGGAAUGUGGGUGCCCAGCUGCCAGCAUUUUGUCUCACUUUCCAUCUGAGGUACCCAAUGACACUUGUUGCUUGAACUACUCAGGAUCCACAUUCAACCAUGUGACCUGGGCAGCCUUUUUGUCACAUAAACACUUGCAGGUUAUGGACUUGACUAACUGUAAUAUCAGUCACAUUGAUCACAGUGAGGUCGGUGAUGCUGUCAUUUUAUUGAGAGAGCUGUAUCUUAGCCACAACAGACUAACAUCACUGCCAGCAGACUUUCUAGCUAAAGCCUAUAGUUUGGAAGUGCUGGAUCUGGGAGUGAAUCAUCUGAAACAUCUGCCCGAGCAAUUUCUGCAGAGCUCGAACAAUCUGCGAGCGCUGACCCUGGGAUGGAACCAGCUGAGCACUCUACCUCAUUCAGUGCUUAAGCCUUCACUAGAGCAUCUGGAGCUCACCGGAAACCCCUGGGCCUGCACAUGCUCGCUGUGGGAGGGUCUUGAAGGUGCUCUGCACGACAACUCCAGCAGCCUUCAUGACCUCGUAGGUAAUCUGACCUGUGACUCUCCUCAGAAUCUUGCAGGAGGGACGGUUUGGGCUUUGAAGACCAGUGACGUGUGCCAUUUGGCCAACCUGACCGCUCUCUUCAUCCUGCUUCCCCUGUUCCUCCUCCUCAGUUUGGUGCUCUGCUGGUGCUGUGGGAGUAAGAAGAAGAGGAAAGAGAGCUCAUCCUUCAGCCCGACUCGCAACAGAUCCAACAACUCCCAUUGCAACGGACGGUGGCCACAUGCCAAACUGCCCACUGGGGAUUCAGCAGUGUCUGUAGACGGUGGAAAGGAGGUCAUCCUGAGGAACCAUCUGAUGCUUCAGCCCUCAUCCAACUUGAUGGACAGCACUCAUGAUAUUUAUGAGGAGGUGGAGAUCAAACUGGGCUCUGUGGACUCUCUGGCCCCUCCGCCGUCCACUUGCUCCACAGAAGGGACCGCGGGAAAGCAAGACCUGGAUACAGUGAGUGUGAGUGAAGUGAUGAAGGACUCAGCCGAUCGGGAGAAGGCGUACCUGACCCAGUCCACUGAAUACUACAGCCUGGUUCCUGGGAUUGAGAUCGAGGACUCCGAUCAUGGAGAGUAUGAGAGUGUGGACCUCUCGUGACAGUACAGGAAAUGAUGCGUUUGAUUGACACACGCAGAGAUUCUAUCAGAUACACUGGAGUUUUGUCAAGUCUGAAGGUGCAGCCACAUUUACAGAUUGCUUGGCGAAAUUUCAUGGGUGAAUCCAGUCAUUCCAAUAAGAAUCUGCAAAACAGGGCGAAACAGACGUCUCAUGUUCAAGUUGACGACAUAAAUUCUCCUGACUGACCAACAGAAAAUGACAUCUGUGUGAGCAGCACUACUGACAAUGGACCACACAAAAUGUUGUUGAAAUUUCGCUAAUGUGACAGCACCUCCGGUCAGGACGUUUUCCCUUUGGUUGCAAAUGCACUGUGAACACUGACGUUAAAGCAAGUCACUGCACCAGUCCAAAGCCAUUAUUUUAGCAUACAAUUGGAGUGAAUUAUUGUACUGAUAAAGUCUCAAAUGGAGCUGUUUGCAGACUCAGUCUGUUGCCAGGAUAAGCUAUCAUAUAGUUGUCAGCUGGAUAUUUUCAUUAUAUUGAGAUUUUUAUAUCUUUGUCUCUACUGUAACUUAGAUGGAAGUUUUAUGAUUGUAAUAUUACUUUGUGUUUCACCUUCAGUUACAGUGUUUAGUGUCAAUGUAAAAUGUAUUUGGUGUCACACAUAACAUAUAUAUAUAUCAUCAUGAAGAAGAAAAGUAACAAUAGAGAGCAAGAGAACAUUAAACAGAAACCAAGUCCAUCCUCUGGUCUUUAACUUAAAUAAUCAAAUCUGCUAAAAUUUGAUGUAUAAUGGACUUAACAUUUCUCUCCUACAUAGAAUUUUGGAGGGUUACUGUUUAUGUAACUAUGUAGCCUCAGCUGGCCAUAGCUGAUGUCAUCAUUAUUUUGACCUUGCUAAUAAUUAAUUUAUUCUUAGCAAGUUAAAAACUUGUUUAAUCAAAUAAACAGAAACUGCUAAACUAGUAAAAUGAAGUGGCUUUCAGAUAAGAUCAGGCUGACUCAGCAAGUAAAAAGCUGAUUUUGUUCUACACCAUACAGAACAAAUAACACUCAACUUUCACCUAUAAAAUUACUUUAACUGUCUUUUUGUUCAUUGAAAUAAAGCUGAUAUCAAAUAAAAUGUAAAUAUUAAAUGAAAA